UCACCGCUACGCCCAUCCUACACACCUCGACAUGCCUCCCCGCGGCCAGAAACGCGCUGCUACUGAAACCGAGCCUCGCACGACGCGCUCCAAGGUCGCGAAGACCGACGCGCCAGCGAACGGCAAGGCUGCUGGGAAGGGAGCCAAGAGGGGUUCCAAGGCCUCGCUAGGCGCUGCAGCCUUCAAGGCGAAGGCCCUCCCGAUCCACGUGAACCUCACCCACACGCCGCCUGUCCUGGUAGAGGACGCGAAGGACAUCGCACAGACGGACCCGGGGUUCAUCGGCCAGACGUCGCUGGCGCCGACGACGUUCAGCACGGGCAGCUACGGCUGGAAAGGCACCAAACGCGUCACUAUCGAGCUGGAGAACAACGAGACGGGAGAGAUGGAGAAGGUGCAGGUCAUGAUGACGUUCAACGCGACUGUCAUUGGCAGCAAGAAUGCUCCAGGCGAAGAUGAAGAGGUCGCGGAAGCACCUGAGGCUGAGACCUCUGCCGAGGCUGAUGGUGAAGCCAAAGGCGAGAAGGUCGAUGAAGCUCCAGCUGAGGCUGCUCAAGAGACUGCAGAGCCUGCAGCAGAGACAGCAGAGAAUGCUGUAGAGAUGGCGGAAUAGGGACUUGUGCUGAACAUUAUAUCUGCGCCGUCACGCGUAAGGUUUUUUUUCUUGGAUAUUCUGCCUGAAAUUGGGACGCACGCAUUCUAUUGGCUCCAUGUCACUGGCGCUUGGUGGUAUAUUUCCCCCGUCAUCUCUCAUACCCCAAACAGAAAGCCUAUGCAUCUCCCCUUGAACCUCAUGUCUCUUGUCUUGCCUAUCAUCGCUCACACUGCACGAGACCGUUAUUCUUCUGGGACGAUAGAGCUCCGGAUUUUUCAAUGUGCCGUAUUAUAUUGCAUGCUAUCAGUGCCGGCAGUUUGCCUUUGCAAGGUCUGCC